AGUUAUCAGUGUGAAAUCUGAGAAAAUCUCAGAAAAACUCAGCAGUGCAGGAGAAAAAACUCACAGAGAAGCGAAAAAGAUCGAAAGUAAAUCAGAGUUAACUGAAUCAGUUGCAUCUUUUGAGCUAACCGAAGAGAAAAAGGUGAGAUCUGAACCGGUGUUUGAUGUAAAACCGGACUACCGCUCUGUAAAAGCAGAACUAGAGACCUCAGAGUCUGUCACAGAGCUGGACUUUAUUACAAAGUUUGCACCAGAAGCAAAGCAGCUGAAGUCUGAAGACGUCCCUCCUCAGAAACAGGAACUCUUAAUCCACGACCAGAUGAAACCUUCAGUCUCUUUAAAACCAGAAGAGAAGAUAAAGAUUCCCUCAGAAACAGCUGCUGGAGGUACCAUCAUUAUGUCAUAUUUAACCGUUUCAUCAGACUCUGGUUGGUUGCAGGUUAUUUAUUCUCUGUGCAAUAUCCGCAGCAACCACCAGGGGUCACCAUUUCACAUCCAUUCUUCUUUUCAACAUCAUUUUCCAUCUUUUUAUUCCAUUUCUGAGUUUGUUUCGUCAACUUCGAUCCGCCGCCUGUUAAUGUUUUUGUUGUCUUUUGUUUCUCUUUUGUUUUUCUUAAAUGUCCAAUCCUAAAACUUAAUUUGAUUAUUCUUUAAAGAAACUGAAGACAAACUCAAGAAGCUUCCUUCCAAACCUGCUGAGACAAAAGGAAAGAAAGUGGAGAAAGGUAGAAAACCACAACCAUCGUCUUUUAUUUAACCUCUUUAUUAUUGAUCAUUUAACCCCAACUGUUUGUGUUUGUUUGUUUCUAAUCUCUUGGCACCGCCUCAUGGUGCUUUCUCUUCACAACUGUUCAAUUUUUCCAACCUUCAGCAUCUUUCACAGCUGUUGUAGCGGACGAGAAAAGAGCGUCAUGUGCAGAACAUGAAGGUCCAAUUAAAGAACGCAAGAAUAUUAAAUCUGGGACACAAGAAACCAACAAAAAAACUGACAAAAUAUCUGUUACUGAGGGUUCAAAGGAAAUUGGCUUUUUUCCUUCAACUGAUGAAAAGAUUAAUGUGACGGUUCAGGAUAAACCUAAUGAACAUAGAAGACAGAGAUCGGUCCCCAAAGAUAUAGAACAGCCGAAAGAAGCUGCUGAAACUGGAAAACAUGAAAUUCUUAAUGUUUCUGCAGCAAACGGAUUAAUUACAAACGAGAAAUUUAAAGACAAACCAAAAAUAUCUGUCAUGACAGAACAGUAUGCAUCAGAACAAGCUCCUCAGAAAGAUCUAGGCUCAAAAAUUCAUGAAACUGAUUCACAUGAGGUCAUUGAAACAAACGUCUCAUCAAAACUCGCUGACAUUAGUACCAGGAGUUUCAAAAAAGAAGCUGCAGAGAAACCAAAACUGCAGACAUUAGGUGACGAUGACACUUCAGUUCAAGACAAAGAAACUUUUAGUGAAGUCAAAGUUUCUGAAAAGCAGCACAUAAUACCAGACAGGGAGUUCCCAGUUCCUGAGGAAGUCCCUCAGAAAACAUUAUCCACCAAGAUGAGAAGACAGAGAUUUGCUAAAACUAAAGAAGCUUCAGACAAAAAGACACCAUCAGAAAGCAUCGCAGUGGAGGAUGAAACUGAAGCAGAGACACUUAGAAAAGGUAGCAAACCUAAAACAGUUCAGAGGUUUAUCGACCAGAAAUCACCACAUCCAGCUGAGGAAUGUACAAAAACUCAAACUGUUACUGAACUACAUCAGGUGACAAUUAGUACAGUUAAAGAUAAAACUCCUGAAGUUUCUUCUCUUAAAGAGUCUAAAUGUGUGCAGGAAGAAGAAAAAGUAAAAGAGGAAAGUUUAGAAGAAGUUGAAUUGCUAGCAGUUGAUGAGCAAACUAGUCAAGUAGACGGUGAUCUGAAGGAUUCAAGAUCAUCUAAAGAGAAAAGACAAAAACUAAUGAAAACUAAAGAUGCUGUGGAUAAUCAACUACCAAGAAAAACUGUUUCAACAAAGGAAGGGCUGCCAAUCAAAGACAAAAUGCCUGACAUAGGUGAACAAAAUAAAGUGGCCUCAAAACAACCUACAGAGUUAACUGGUGAUCAAGAAAUCAAUGAAGGGGAUUUUCCUCCAAAGGAAGAAAAUUUAAUAAAGUUUGCGAAAGCUACAGAUGUUUUACAGAAAGAAGUUCCAUCAAAACCAGUUAAAAAUAAGAAAACAGCUAAAUGUAAUGAGCAAAAAGAACAACCAGCAUCUGGGUCGAUCAUUGUACUAGACCAGAUAAACAUCAGUAAAGUUACUGAUAAAAUGUUGAAAGUUUCUCCCCUUAAAGAGAAAAUAGCAACACAGGAACAAGCAGAAAUAAAAGUUUCACAAAUAAACACAGAAGAAACCAUUGAAAAAACAGAAAAAAUGCAAGAAGGGAGAAAAUCUGAGUUUUUACUCAUUGAAGAAGUGAAAGAUUUCUCUGGCGUUUCUCCAGAAAAAUCAGUUUUCUCAAACCUUGAGAGCUCUGCGGAUAAUUUACAGAAAGAAAUCCCAUCAGAACCAGUUAAAACUAAGAAAACGAGAAAAGGUGAUGAACAACAGACAGCUGAAGAAAUGUUAACUACAGAGACAAUGAGCAAACCUCAAGGGUUAAUAGUUGAACAAGAACAGAUAAACAUCAGCACAGUUACUGAUAAAAUGUUGAAAGUUUCUCUCCUUAAAGAGAAACAAGCAACACAGGAAUUAAUGGAAAGAAAAGUUUCACAAAUAAACACAGAAGAAAAAGAAACAGAGAAACUGCCAGAAAUGAGACUAUCUGAGUUUUCAGUCAUUGAGGAAGUGAAAGAGGCAGAUGUUUCUCCAGAGGAAUCAGUUUUAUCCAAGUUUGCAAAAUCAACAGAUGCUUUGGACCGAUAUAUUCCUUUAAAACCAGCAGUAGCUGUGGAUAAAACCAUAAAACUAACAGUCAGUGAAGACAAAACGACGGUUGGUGAUGAAGAAACGCCUAAACCACCAAACAUCAAAGAAACUGAAUCAGCAUCUGGUGAAACCAAAGAUUUAGGUGCUCCAAAGAUUUUUAUUUCCUCAGACAAUAAAACACAAAAGUUUCCCCAAACAAUUGAUAUUUCAGAUGAAGACUUUUCACUUGUAAUGGAUAAAAGCAGAAAAAAUAUUAAAGAUGAUUUACUUGACAAAGAUAAAGAACAAGUACAUCAACCAACAGAUGAUGAUAUGUUACCCAAAAUGAGAAUUGACAAGUUUCAGGGUUCGACCAUUGAACAAGACCAGAUAACAACCAGUGUAGUUAAAGACAGAACUUUGAAAGUUUCUCCAGAACAAUCGACAUCUGAGAUCAUGACUGAAGACAAGCAAAUCCUGUCAAAAACCAUCUGCUGUUUGGAUAAAGCCAACCUUACCUCUGUCAAUGACAGAACUGACAAACCAUUACCUAGAGCCACGAAGCAAGAAAGACCUGCAGAAAAUCUGUCAGAAAUCCAAGAAGGUGGGUUUGCAACAGGUGAAGCUGAGGGUUUUCCAAAGGAAAUAAAGGAAAUGGACCCAGCUGUAGAGGCAACAGACCAAAACAUUCAACCAAAAUUAGUCAGAGAUAAACACAAAACUAAAACUGACAGAAGAGGAAAAUCUAGAAAACAACAAUUUAAAGUAAAAGUCUUAGAUGAGGCUGAUGUUCCAGCUAAUAUAGAAGAAACUUCAGUUAGGAAAGAGGUUCAGGUAGACCUAAAAGUAGCUGAAGGGAGCACAUUAACAGAAGAAGCCCUGAAGACCAAGAAGUUACGAAAUGCGGAUGAGUUUCAAUCAUCUCUUAAGGCUCAAGACACAGAAGAUCAGGCAUCUCGGAUUGAAGAGAAUGUAUCCAAACAGGAACCUUCAAAGAAACCUAAACCAGUUUCAUCUCAGUUAGAAAAGCACAAAACAUUCGCAGUUAAAGGCGUUCACGCCACAGAGGAGAUAGCUGAUGAGUCGGAGGGCUUUCAAUCGACACGAGAAGAACUGGAAAAAGUGCAGAGAAAGAUAACGGAGGUGCCUGUUGGACAGGAAGAUGCUGAAAUACAACAGAGACCAGAAGAUAAAAUCAGAGACUUAAAGAUCUUUAAUAAACCAGAGAAAACUGAAGUUCUGGGAAAUAUUUCAAUAGAGAAACAGCUAAGAGAUGCAGAAAAUGCAGAAGACGUUACUGAAAUGGACAAAACCACCACAAUUCAUCCAGCUGAGGAGAUGAAAAACUCAAACACAGAAACUGAAGCUGCAAGAAAAGGACAGAAAACAGAAAAAUCCUGCCAGAUUUCACAAGAAGCAACUGAAGAAGAGAAGUUGGACCAGACAGAAAUUACACAAGAUGUUACAAGAAAGAAAUCCAAAUCUCUCAAAGAAAAAGAUACAAAAUUUCAAGACAAAGAGUGGAAGGCAACUGUUUUCAAACAGGAAUAUGGACGGUUUACUCCAGCUGAAGAAGCUGAAACACCAAAACCUUUAAUGAAAGUUUCUGUGGCUCCUGUGAUGGAGGUUGCCUUCGAAACAUCUGGUAUAGCCAUAGAUGACAAUGAACCCUUGUCUCUGAAGAAGUCUAAACAAAUAAAGGUAGAAGAUGCAGCAGACAAGCUGCCUACAAGAGUAGAGGAAGACAAAUUAAAGUCUCAAGUUAGAUCAGAACCAGAAGCCAAGGAGGUUCCUCUUGAAAAAGUUAACGUUCUUGACAAACCAGCUUCAUUUCUUCCCAAACGCGUGAACCAAACCGAAACAAAAGAUGGAGAACUUUCCGGGAUGGUAAGAGUAAAACAAGAAUAUGGAGAAAUUAGCCAGCUUUUUCCAGAAACAAAACAACAGCAGAAAGCAGUCGCAGCUGCAACUUUGAUGGAGAUACCAUCUGAAAAACAUCUCAUCACUGAUGUUGGUGACUUUAAAUCAGACCAUUUACACAGAUCUACAGCUCCUGAUAACUUGGAGACAAGUGUUGAAACAGUAACAGAGAAAAUGUUUGACUUAGUCAGUCCAGAGGUUAUAGAGAAGAAGGUGAAAAACCUCACAACAGACAAAGCUAGUGAAGAUAAAACACAACAGAGGGUGAAGCGUAGAGAAAAGUCACCAAUCGAAAGCUUUACAUCUAAAACAGAAACAGUUAGAGAUUAUUUUCAUGACAUUUCCCAGACUGCAGUGAUGGAGCAGCAGGAAGCAGAGCAAAAAGUUUCAAAGACGCCGGUUAUGGAUGUGGCGUAUGAAAAAUCAAUGCAUGCACGCGCACAGGAUAUGCUAGACAUACAGACAUAUAUAUCCCCUGAUUCUCAAGUAAAGGAUGUUAGACCAGGAGAAAUUGUUUACACAUCGGGUGAUGUUUCUGUUCUGAUAGAAAGAACCACAAAAGAUCGAAUACAUGCAUUAGAUCAGCCUGAAGAGAUUGAAGUGAAUAUUAGGAAAACAGGAAAGCUUGAAACAGGAAGAAAAUCAUUUAUUGAAACAGAAACUUUGCAAAGUCAAGAUGAAUCAGACAAACCAAUCAGUCCUGAAGACCUUUCUUCACAAAUUACUGCAUAUAGAGGAGAUAAAUCUGAAACUACAAUUCAGGCAAAGACGGUUCCAGCGAAAGAAAAGUUGGCAACUAUUAGUGGAGGAAAAAAAGUCUCUCUGACGUCAACACCCGAAGUGAUGUUUAAAGAAUCGGACACAACUGAAGGAAGAAGAAAAUAUCUUAAAGAUUCAAAGACGUCAGAGCAACCAAUUGAACCCAACAUGUCUGCUGGUGUUCGUAAAGACAAACAGGCAGAGAGAGAACUAACCCAAGGUCGGCCUAUCUUUGAGCCCUCAGUAACAGAUAAACCCAAAGUUAGCACCACUGGUCACCCAUCUGAACACACCAGAACCACAACACAUAUCCACUCAGUGCUUCCAAAAACACAUGAAACGAGAACCGAGACAGAACGCCAAGGAAUGCAGUCCGUCACAGAAACGAAGGGUCUGACUGCGGAACCAGAAGAGAAAGAAAAUCUCUUUCUUCAAGAAACGUCCAGAGGUACAGAGGAGGGAAACUAUCACUGAGCACAAGUUUCUGAUCUGAGCACCUGACAUCACUUCCUGUGGGGAUUCUCCACAUCCAUAUCAUCAUCCAGCAGGACCUCCAUGUCAUGUCACCCAUUCUGUUCAAGCACAAUCUGUCUUUACUUGUCUGCUGCGUUUCCAUUAUAAAUGUGUCCAAAACUUUCCUGAUAUUCUGCUAAUGUUGGAAAAAAUGCAGUUUCUCAAUUGUGGUAAUUCAAUUUUAAUGAGGAGCACAGUUAAAAUCACAUAAAUAAGUUUGUUCACAUAAAUCUUAAAAAAAAAAUAACAGUGAUAUGUUCAUUAUGUCGUCUUUUCCUCCAGUAUUAUCAUCCAUUCGGUAAUCACAUGACUUGUGUGAUGCAAAACAAAAUGUUUCCAUUGCAGUUUUGUGAAAUACACUAAUUUCAAUAGAGCCAAAAAACCAACUCAU